AUGGCAGGCUCGCAAUCGAAUCGCCAACUGCACCUCACGGCGUUCAUGCGUCCAGUGUCGCUGCAUACAGGCGCCUGGCGCUACCCCGGCUCGUACCCCGAUGCCAACUUCAAUUUCCAACACCUCAAACACUUUGCUCAAAAGCUUGAGGCUGCCAAAUUCGACGCCUUCUUCAUGGCUGAUCACUUGGCUGUGCUGAACAUGCCCGUCGAGGCCCUCAAGCGCAGCCAUACCGUUACGUCGUUCGAGCCUUUUACUCUGCUAUCCGCUCUGUCCUCGGUAACGGAUAAAAUCGGUCUCGCGGCGACAGCGAGCACGACGUAUGAUGCGCCGUAUCAUGUCGCCAGACGGUUUGCCAGUCUGGACCAUCUGAGUAACGGCCGAGCGGCGUGGAAUAUUGUGACGACGGGGAACCCGGAGUCGAGCCACAACUUCGGCUUCGAUGAGCACAUGGCUCACAGCGACAGAUAUAAGCGUGCCCGGGAGUUCUAUGAUGUGGUGACGGGACUGUGGGACAGUUUUGCUGAUGAUGCUUUUACACGCGAUGUCGAGACAGGGCAAUAUUUCGAUCCUGGUAAACUACACGUGCUUAACCACUCUGGGGACGAGUUGAAAGUGAAAGGGCCAUUGAAUAUUGCCAGACCGCCGCAAGGGUGGCCGGUCAUUGUGCAGGCAGGGCAAAGUGAACCUGGGCGCCAGCUGGCGGCGGAGACAGCCGAAGUGGUGUUUUGCAACCCGAAAGAUAUCGAUGCUGCAAAGGCGCUUUAUGCCGAUAUCAAGGGACGGGUGGAGAAGGCGGGCCGGAAAAGAGAGCACUUGAAGAUUUUGCCUGCAGCGAUGAUUAUCGUUGCUGACAGCAAGCAGGAUGCGCAGGAGAAGAGGCUCAAGCUGGAUAGUCUUGUGCACUACGAUAGUGGAAUUGCAUCUUUGUCAAUCGCAGUCGGCGCAGAUAUCAGCGGAUAUGAUCCGGACGGCCCGCUGCCCACAGACCUUCCUGAAACCAACGCGAGCAAGACGAGCAGGGAUAAUGUCGAAAAGCUGGCUAGGAACGAAGGACUGACGAUCCGCCAACUUGCGCAGCGGUUAGGGGGAUACUCGGGGUUGGCAUUUCUAGGCUCUCCAAGCGAAAUCGCAGAAGAGAUGGAGACAUGGUUGCGGGAAGAGGCCUCGGAUGGCUUCACAUGCACGUUUCCCUUUUUGCCUCAGGGGCUGGACGAGGUGACGGACAGGUUGGUUCCGGAAUUGCAACGACGAGGUCUGUUCCGUAAAGAUUAUACAGGGUCGACGCUGCGUGAACAUUUUGACCUGCCGAGACCGGAAAAUCGGUUCUUUACCUAG